AUGGUUGUCACAAAAUGGGUGCUAUCGAUGCUUCUUGGUCUUAUACAACCGGCGUUAACAACCGCGUCUGCCUCGUCGCGCGUGCACACAGGGCCUCUUCCGUCCUUAUCCUCUCCCCUUGGACCCGUCGUCAACCUAGGCUAUGCAGCAUUUGCCGGGAACGAUACGUCUCCCGAGGGAGAAGUUCAUACAUCGGUGACGUUUUACGGGGGUAUACCGUUUGCUCAGCCUCCCGUGGGGGACCUUCGAUUCAGAGCUCCGAAGCGACUGGACGAAACGAUUAGGGACCCAGCUCGUGUUCGGAUAUCAGAUGCAAGGAAUUGGGGCGCACCUUGCAUCCAGCAGACCGCGCAGGUGGGCAUAGGAUCCGAAGACUGUUUGACGUUGAACGUGUGGAAGCCCUCGAAUGCAUCCGAGGCAAGCAGACUUCCCGUACUUGUAUAUUUCCACGGGGGAGGUUAUUUUGCGGACCUGCCGCAUCGCAUUCAGUCGCCAUUUGGGUUCCCUUUCUACCACUGGGUGGCCCAAAACCAGGGUUUCAUUGCCGUAUCCGUCACAUACCGCCUCAACCUCCUUGGAUUCCUUGGCGGGGCUGCCGUCGCUGCCGAUGGUGACAUGAACGCAGGGUUCCACGACCAACGCGCUGCCUUGGAGUGGGUCCAGAGGAAUAUACACCGCUUCGGAGGGGACCCUGACGAAGUGACGAUUGCUGGCGAAAGUGCUGGUGGCGGCAGCGUACUUGCACAGAUGAUGGCAUACGGCGGGUCCAAACCGAUUCAUUUCAAACGAGGUAUCGUGCAAUCGGGAGCCUUUGGAUUGUUUCCCACUACGGAGCAAGCAGAAACAACAUUCAAGAAUGUUGCCUCUAUAGUAGGCUGUACUGGGUCAAAUGCCAAGAUUAUGAAGUGCCUUCGCAAUGCAUCCGUAGGUGCACUUGCCAGCGCCAUCAACAAGGGGUCCUAUCCCCCGUUGAUAGAAGGUCCCGGCGGCUUUUUGCCCGGCUUACCGACCCACCUUCUCCAUUCUGGGAAGUUCAAGAAGGUGGACUUCAUGGGCGGGCAUACAACAGAUGAUGUGCGUGUUUUGAUCGCCGCUGCGCCUGAGGCGUUUCAGUCGGAGGAGGAUAUAAGGAGGAUCCUCUUCCCGCACCUUACAGCGGGACUAUUGGACAAGGCGUUCAAGUUAUAUCCACCACCUGGUACGCCUGGGAGCCCAUACGCGAAUGAAUACGAACGCGGCGCACAGAUGUUCCAAGAUAGCACUCUAGGGUGCUUUGAUAUUCUUGCUGCCCGGAAACUGGCCAGUCGAGGCGAAGACGAUGUCUUCUCAUUUAGAUGGAACUCCCCACACAUGGUCUGGUGGGAGCGCAAGCCAUAUCAAGGCUCCAUGCAUACGUCUGACCUGUAUUACCUGUUCCACGGUCAGUCAGACCAAGCCUUGUUAUCAUAUGUUAAGCUGAGGCCAAACCUGCUUUCGAAAUCUAUCAGGUACUGUGCGGCUACCCAAUGCCCUAGAUUCUUUCAGGGCAUUAAACGAGAGUGA